AUUGAUAUAUGAUAAUAAUUGUGUUCAACGGUGCUCGUAGAACGGUAAUUAUAUAAUAUUGCUAUAUCACUUCAUAUUUCGAUAGUUUAUUUAUGUUUAAAAAAUUAUAUAAUACAAAGGCACGUUUCUGAAUCCACCGGCAAUACUAACUCACCAGAUAACUAUGGAACAUGCAAAUAACAAAGUGGUAAUUAUCAUUUCUCAAUCCUGUUCUUCGCUUCGCUUGUCCUUGUGGUUUUUAAUGUGCCCGUGUCCGUAGUGAUCGUGGCCAUAGUGUUCGAUUCCAUGACUAUGACCGUAGUGAUCAUGACCAUGCCCGUAGUGGUCGUGGCCAUGUCCGUAGUGAUGGGGCCCGUGACCAUAUCCAUAUCCGUGACCAUGUCCGUGUCCGUGUCCGUACCCGUAUCCGUGAUCAAAACCGUAAGGAGACGGUGGGAAAAAAUUACCAUGAAAUUCACCGUGCGACGAGUGAGGGAAAUGAGAAUGAACCGGGAAAGGUACGGGAACUGGAACGACCUGCGGAUCAAGGUGUUGUGCCUGACCUUGACAGCGACCUUGGUCGCCGGGGUGGAAAGACAUGAGAAACACAGUCGGAAGGGGGUGAAAAAACACGGAAAACGAGGUGUAUUCGAGCUGGGAUAUGGACUUCCGCAGCAAAGUGGUCCAGCGUCAGUUUAUGGUCCACCUGCAGCAGAGCCUGCGCCAAUCUAUGAAAAUCCGGCACCUAUCCUUCAGCCGGCUCCAUCCCCGCCUCAACCCGCGGGACAUCCGGUUCCGGUGCAUUUUCAACCCUUGCCGGUACCUCGUCCCGUUGGUCACCCGCUUCCCAUAGCAGCUCCAGUGGGACUUCCGGCGAUUCCAAAUUUUCCGGCUCCUGCACCGGUAGUCGCGCAUCCGGUUCCUCAGCCGGUUCCCGUCGGUGUCCCGAUUAUCCAAACAGUGACAAAACACGUCGGUGUUCCGGUUCCCGUGCACGUCGACAGGCCAGUCGCAGUUCCCGUCGCCGUUCCUGUUCCCAGGCCGUAUCCCGUCCACAUCGAGAAGAUUGUCCACGUUGAGAAGCCGGUGCAUUAUCCUGUCCACGUCGACAGACCGGUAGCCGUUCCAUUCGCUGUUCCCGUCCUGAAACCCUAUCCGGUCGAGAAAUACGUCCACGUUGACAGGCCGUAUCCGGUCCACGUUGCGGUUCCGGUUCAUAUACCGAAACCGUAUCCUGUUCCCGUUGCGAUUCACACGAAGCAUUGGAAACCGGUUGCACAAUACGGCUGGUAGACUACUGCAGCGUGUUUUUCCUUCUUACCCUGAAAAGUUGUUGGUUUUUUUUUUGUUGUUUUUUUGGUAUAUUAUUAGAAUUAGACAGCUUCUUGCUCUAUGGGUCCGACGAUUUUAUUGAGGAUGAAUGAGACUGGAUGAAUCAGAAACUAGGAAAGGAGAAAAAAUCUGUUGAAACGUUUAUUCGCAUCAAUGAUGGUGCACGAAUAACAAUGUCGCCACUAUGUAGUAAAAAUAUUUUAGAACAAAUUUGUAUGAACGAAACUGAGGUACCAACGAUUUGAGAAAAGGUUUUAUAAUUAGAGCAUUGAAAACGAUUGAUCUCUAGUGUUUUCGAUCCGGUUUUAAUUCUAAAAAAUAAGUUAAAAAAUAUAAGAACUCCGUAAAAAACAUCAGAGUUUAAUUAUUUUUGACGUAUCCAUGUUAAAACUUUUCCUCAAAUUGUUGAUAUCUUAGCUCGUAUUAUUCGAAUUUUCUCAGAUUUAUUAUCUUAUUACAAAUUAGGGAUGUUGUUUCAUUCGCGUUCACCAUUAUUGGCACAAAUAACAGUGUCGGAGUUUUUUUGAAUGUUUAUAUUCUCUUUUCCUCACCUUUGAUCUAGACGGUGAAGGUUGUUCACUCUCAAUCGCCAUGUUCAAACGUACUGCACUAAUUCUCUUCUACACGUAGAUCCGUUGCUAUUUGUCUUUCCGUAAUCCACUAGUUAAUUGUAGCUGGUCUGCAACGCGGUAUUUAUUUCGUGUGGCUGGAGUAUUGCAAUCAGAAGGGAUGAUCGAUCGCCUCACGGUUGACAACCCUCGACGGCCCGAGCCGGGGUUAAUACUUUAGAGGGAUGAGGCGCUUUGACUCGACCAGCUUAUUUCACCCGCUGAAGAAUCAAUCGACUGCGGCUUUAACAGUAGGUCAUUCGUUGAUCAAGGUCUUGCGCUAAUAGAUUGGCUUUUGUACCUAUAGUGAUAUUGGAUUUUUAAACUAAUUUCAAACUAUCGGUAGCGAUCUUGAAUUGAUUCGAUACACUACGCUUUUGCAGCGUUCCUUGAGUUGGUGCAGGGAUACUUACAAUUUUUAUAUAUAUAAUAUAUAUAUACAUGUAUACUCGAUGCUUAAUUUGAAAAGGUCUCCUCAGCCGAGAUAUUGUGUAGGUACGAAACAUCGUGCUAAGCUUGUAAGCCGAAUUUUCAUUACGGUUUAAUUGAUCAAGUUUACAAUAUUUGUGUUGCACCGGUUUCAAGAUUCUCACGUAACAUGUUAGUACAUGUCUGGAUGUCCGUCGUUAUACAAAUUUUUCUUUAUUAAUUGGAAGAGACUGAAUUUGAUUCAACGGUUAAACACACAGUUGAACAGAAGUUGGUAUACAAUAUUCAUUGACAAUGUGUACAAUGUACAUAUAUAUAACCAUGUACAAAUAUAUUUUACAUUUUUAUAUCUAUCCAGUAUUCGUAAUCAUACGUGUUUGUGUGUAUAUAGGUAUGUAUAUUAUAGACCGGUAAGUUUAAAUAUAACUUGCAUAUUUGUAAAAAGAAAAAUUGAACAAUUGCUGUUUUAUGUUUAUAAAAAAAAAAAAACCGGGGCAACUGUCCCUGUUAUAUUAUUAUAGAAUCUUAUUGGUAUAGAAUCGAAGAAAACUUACGAUCAGUCGCAUAGCCUCCAGGUCGAAUAUUUAUUAAUUAUUGAACACUGUGAAUACACAACCGAUCUUGUCUUUA